AGGAUGUCCGGUGAUCAGAAAACCCUUAUCAAGGGCAAUCCGUCCCAGUACGUGAAGCUGAACAUAGGAGGUUGCUUGCACUACACUACGAUCGGGACGCUUUGCAAGCAGGAUACGAUGCUUCGCGCCAUGUUUAGUGGGCGGCUGGAAGUGCUGACGGAUUCUGAAGGUUGGAUCUUGAUCGAUCGCUGCGGUACACAUUUCGGCACGAUACUGAACUUCCUGCGCGAUGGUAGCGUGGCACUGCCGGAAACGACCAAGGGCAUAGCGGAGCUGCUGGCCGAAUCGAAGUACUACUGCAUCGAGGAGCUAAUCGAGGCGUGCGAGAAAGUGUUGGCGAAAAAGGAACGAGAAUCGGAACCGAUUUGUCGCGUGCCAUUGAUCACGUCGCAGAAAGAAGAGCAAUAUCUGAUCAGCACCGCCACCAAACCGGUGGUGAAGCUGCUGAUCAACCGCCACAACAACAAGUACUCGUAUACGAACACGUCGGACGAUAAUCUGCUGAAGAACAUCGAGUUGUUCGACAAGCUGUCGCUGCGUUUCAGUGGGCGCGUCUUCUUCAUCAAGGAUGUGAUUGGCUCGAGCGAAAUCUGCUGCUGGUCGUUCUACGGCAAUGGAAAGAAGGUGGCAGAGGUGUGCUGCACCUCGAUCGUGUACGCCACCGAUAAGAAGCACACGAAGGUGGAGUUUCCCGAGGCGCGCAUCUUCGAAGAAACACUGAACAUUCUGCUGUACGAGAACAAGAACGCCCCGGACCAGGAGCUGAUGCAGGCGACCUCGCUCCGUGGAGCCGUCGGUGGCAUCAGCUCGUACACGAGCGACGAGGAGGAGGAAAGAACCGGACUGGCAAGGUUACGCUCGAACAAGCAGAACAAUCCCACAUGAUUCACACACCAGCUCAUGCUGAAGAAGAAGCUGUUGCCAAAGAGGAACUAGCACUAGAGGCAGUGCGUACCGUGGCCGGCAUAGCGGAAGGGAGAUGGCCACAAUGCGACCGGUUGAUUCGUCUUUUCGACUCCCAAUCGCACAUCCAACAGCUGAUCGAUUUCGUGCGUGCGUGCGUGAUUUCCGCGACUAAAACAUGCCGCUAGAUCCGUCAGCGUGCGUUUGGAUGAGGAUGGGGCAAUUAAUAGCUAUGAACAAUAUUAACAUUUUACUAGGAGCAAUUCACAAUUCAGACCAUCCAUCGAUACCGCGUUUGAAAGCACUUCAAUCGACGAGAAUUGAAUGUGUUAUAAUUAACGGGGAAUGCUAAACAGGAAUAACCAAGAGAGGAUACGUCUUCUUUGUGCGAAUUCAUAACCCGUGAACUGGGGGUACGAAGAGGAAACAUUCAACAAUAACUGCAUGAAUCUUAAACAUAAUCUAUAUAUUGUAGGAAAA